CAUAACAAGUUAUCAUACAAACACAACAAGUUAUUAUAACGAGUUUUUAAACAAUGUUGGAUGAAAAACCAGAGGAUCUUAUCCAGUCAUCUAUCGACUCGUUUGAGAUCGAGCCAGAUAUUCUCACCUUGAAUCGAAUCGAAGAUACCAUCAAUAAGAUAUCACAAGAAAGAAGUCAUAAAAUAUCGUUUCUACAAGAAGGUAUAAAGAAAUUAGAAAAUGAAUUAAAAUCACUACAAGAAGAGUUAGAACUCUUGGGACUGUCGAAUGGAUUGAAAGAGACUUUGAAUUCCUUGGGCGAUUCGACAUUAAGCAAUGAAGAAGAACAUGAAAAUAUUUUUAAUAUAAUGAAUAAAAAAUCGAUUGAAAUUGAUAAUUUAAAAUUAUCAUUAGCUAAAAAAUUAAAUGAUUUGGAAAGUCAUUUGAACUCUUUGAAUAUAACGAAAAAUAAUUUGACAAAUAAACAAGAAGAACUCAUUAGUGAAAAUGAAAAACUUAUCGAUAAAAAUUUAUUGAAUAAUUUUGAUUCUAAAAUCAUGAAGAUUAAUUUAUUCAAAAAUUUGGGUAUUUCAAUUGAAAAUGCCAACUUAAAUGAAAACGAUAAAAUAGUCAUCUAUAAUAAACUAAGUGAUUUAACUAGUAUAUUAACAGUUGAUGAUAAGUAUAGUGAUUAUUUCAUUACAAAUUAUAUUUGGGAAAGGUUACCCGGUUUAUAA